AUUCCUGACAUGGUUUCUUACAUAACAAAAUAUGCAGGUAAGUUUGAUACACAUAGAGAAAGCUCAUUUCCACCCUAAAGAAGAACACCAGGGUGGAAGUUGCAAAACAGUAGUAUCUCAGUUCCUGCCUUAGGCAAUUCGAAUUUCAGAUUGCGAGAUUAUGGCGAUCGAGCGUGUGUACAUUCAGUGUCAAGCUAUGAUAAAGAAGGAGAACCUAAAAGGAGCACUAGCCCCUGUUUACUUUCCCCAACAUGGAACCACUUCUGGCAGAGACUAGAAAAUUUGAUAAGUAUGUAUCAAACAGGAAUGAAGUUUGCAUUUAAUCAUGUGUCCUUUGACCAAAAUACUUAUUAUGCACAUAUAUGCAAAUGUAGGUGUUCCAAAAUGAAAAAUAAAAAUCUGAAAUACUUCUGGUCCCUGGAUAAGGAACACUCAAACUGUCCAGCACUGUGAACAGCAGUAGAUGAUAGGGAAAAGCUUGAUUCAUUUGUCUAUCUGCUCAGUAGACAGCAAGAUAGGGGAAAAGGAGCCCCAAAGUGAAUGCCCACAUAAGAUGCUGGAGGAUAUGCGUGCAUGUGUUUCUUUUAACACAUAACCACAAUUUCAUUAUCUUUUCCUAUGAAGCCAUCUAAUCUAUAUUUUGUAUUUAUCCCACCCCCAAGCAGUACAGAUCCUCCUUUGCGAAUUCUUACAUUUGAAAUGACUUGAGUUGUCACCUUAGUAAAUUGACUGAUUAUCUAAUCACAGAAUAUCUUUCUAACACAUCAGGGGAGAGCACAUGAGAGGCUUGUAACCAAGACCUGGUUGGUAGAUUGGGCUCUUACCAGUUUCCUAUUAUCUUUGGAUCCAGUUUGGGGACUGAUGGAAUGCAGGACACUCAACAGACACCGCAACUGGAACUAGGCUUAUGAACUCCAACAUUGUACCAUUAUGAAGGCGACACCCACUGCUGCCAUCCUGUUGUUUUGGUGAGAAACUUCGCUGACAAAGACUGAGGGUUACUUGAAUUAGGAGGGGAAGGAUACAUAAAAGCAUACGGGGGUGUUUACGUUUUCCGAGGACUUAAACAUCAGAUUAAUUGGAGAUGAACUUUUGAUAGCUUAAUUGUAAAGCAUGUUGCUACGGAGGCAUGUUAAUAUUGUUCUAUGAGUCAAUUCAUCCAAGAAUGAGUGGCUCUAGGCAGUGAAAAUGUUUAGUAGAACAUCUCACAUACAUAUGUCCAUCUAUAUGUGUUCACCAGGAGACACAUGCAGAUACAGUAGAUGUGGCCAUCAACUGGCAGGGAUCUCAUUGUGAUUGUUUUUCAUUUUCAGGUUGCUUUCCAGCUCAGGAGGAGAAGAUGUUCAAAUUAGUGAGAGUCUUCCUGCUCCAAACAUCUCCUUGAUGUCGAACUGGAGAAUCAUGCUAAGAGGAAAUGCCACCAUUGUCUGCAAUGCGCCUGUCUCCUCAAGGUUGUAUUUUUACCUGGAAAAAGAUGCACAGAUCAUAACUACUCUUACAGAAGUAUUCAGUGAACCUGCUUAUUUCCCCAUCACUAAUAUAAGUACAGAGCAAGCCGGAGUGUACAAGUGUUGUUAUAAUAGUUCAGGUCCCUCCCCUGCAACAUGCAGUGAGUCUCUGGAGCUUCUGAUAACAGGUAAGAAAUCUGUCACAGAAUAGUCACAGAACAGUGACUAUUUCAACAUCUCAGAAACUAUCCUAAGGUUACUGGAACCUGGCUCUAUGUUAAAGAUGCUAUUUUGAUCAUCUGCUUGAUCACAACUUCUUAAACUGUGGGUCUCAACUUAAAUUGGAUCCCUUUAGUUUAAUAUUGGGAUCACAAAAAUUUGACAACAGUAAAAGGUUCCUUGAACAUGUGAUGUUUACAGUGGGCUUUUCAGAAAAUGCGUCAGCUGUACUUCAUAAAAAGAAAGAUCAGCCUGUUUAGCAAGCCUUGCAAAUGCUGAAUUCAGUAAAUGUUUAAUUUUUAUACCUACUUUAUAUAGCUAUACACCUGGGUUCAUGUAAAAUUACUCAGGCUGAAAGGGGUUGUAAAAAAUAUCAGGUAAUCACAAGUGGAAAAUGUUUAAGAAACCCUGCACUAGAUGAGAAACAGAGUAUGAAUAGGAUCUAAGGAAGGUUUCCAUCCAUCAAUGAUUUCAUGUUACAGCAGUGCAGCAAUAAAUGUAAAUGUUGCCCAAAGGUGCAAGAGAUCCUAAAAAUACCUAGAAAUAACAUAUUUUGUCAGAUGUGGGUAACUUAAACUAUGCUUACUGGUGCCUUGGAUAUCAAGAUUUUACUGUAGUCACCCUUUUGCAUUACAAAAUUCUAAGCUUUCUAUUGAUAAGUGGAUCCAUCUUGAUCUUAGAAAGGUUUACAUUUUCCGACUACCAAAUUUAUUGUGCCCUGGUUCCAUACAAACUCAAUUCCUUCCAAAAAUUACAACUUAUUAUGUACACAUAUUUCAAAGAUUUGGUUAGAUUUGGUUCCAGGGCCAACCAUGGAUACCCAAAUCCUUGGAUGCUCAAUCCCAUUAUAUAUGAUGGCUCAAAAUGGCAAAGGAGCUCCCGGUGGCACAGCGGAUUUAACCACAGAGCUGCUGAACUUGCUGACCAAAUGGUCGGUGCUUAUUUGCCGAGGAGCGGGGUGAGCUUCUGCUAUUAGCCGCAGCUUCUGCCAGCCAAGUAGUUCGAAAACAUGCAAAUGUGGUGAGAUCAAUAGGUACCGCUCCAGCAGGAAGGUAAUAGCGCUCCAUGCAAUCAUGCUAGCCACAUGACUUUGGAGGUGUCUAUGAACAAUGCCGGCUCUUCAGCUUAGAAAUGAAGAUGAGUACCAACCCCCAGAAUCGGACAUGACUAGACUUAAUGUCAGGGGAAAACCUUUACUAAAAUUGCUUUUUUGAAUUUUUAAAAUCUUUUCAAGUCAUGGAUUGUUUAAUACAUUUUUAUAUAAUUCACAAGGGUGUGUUGAUGAUGACACUUUUUUUCCUAUCUUUCACAUUAUUCAUUGUAAACUAAUAAACAUAUGGACUUCCAGCCUCAAAUUAAGCUUAAUUCAAUGUUUAGGUGCAGGAUGUAUAACAUGGGGAGAAAUUCUUUAAAAAAAUUGAUGGCAUGAAUGUAUCAUUCUUCUUUGCUGUUUUCCUCCUGUUCACAGAUCUGGGUCUACCAAGGCCAACUAUUUAUCUCAUCCCUAGAAAGAUUAUUCACAAAGGAAUCACUGUCAAUUUUUCAUGCGUGGCUAUGAGCCCCAUCCAGGGGUUCUACCUUUAUAAAGAUGGACAUAAAUUGAAAGACCUGCCUGUGGAACUACAUAAAACAAAUGCUACAUUUUCCAUUCCUAAUGUGAAUUGUAGUCAUGGAGGCAAAUAUUCAUGUAGCUACACAUUAUCAUAUCCUUUCAUGUCAGAGUCCAGCAAUGAAGUGGAACUGUUUGUUGUAGAAAGCACAUUUCCCAGGCCAACCAUCUCUCCAAGUCCUAUUAUGUUGGUUCCUCCUGGAGGAAAUGCCACAAUCCAGUGUGAAAGCAAAAAGUCAUCCAUGAGAUUCUACCUUCAAAAGUCUGGUGAUGAGAUGCCUCAGCAGUUCCUGGAGACCAAUGGAACUGUGGCCAAAUUCCACAUUAUGAAUGCAAAUAAGAGCCACACUGGAGAAUAUAGCUGUAGAUACAGCACUAAAUCAGGACCUUUCAUUGUCUCAAAAAUGAGCAACCUCACUCGGCUGGCCAUAACAGAUCCUCAUCUCCCUAAGCCCAGCAUCUCCCUGAUCCCAAACAAAAUUGUAAUGCUGACCGACAGGAUGCGCAUUGAGUGUACAGCCAACCGUUCAGGCAACCGAUUCUAUCUGUACAAAGGCAUUGAUAAAAAGCAGCUGCAGAUUGUGAUCACAGAUGGGGACAGUGUGAUCUUUCCUAUCAAUAAUUUGCACAAAGAAGAUGCCGGGAGCUUCUCCUGUAGCUACAUGAACCAAUCGGAAUUCUUCACUGCUUCAGAAACCAGUGACAACGUGACAUUGUUGGUCACAGAUCUCUCAUUACCCAAACCCAACAUCUCCUCUGAGAACAUUAUGUUUGUUGCCCUUGAGAGCAAUAUCAGUAUCAAUUGUGGAUGGGCAAACCUGAAUGGAAAAUACUUUCUUCAAAAGGAUGAUCAUGUAAUGUCUCACCAUAUUCUAGAAGCUAAUGAGACCACAUUUGUCAUUGGCAAUGCAACCUUGGCACAUGGAGGGAAAUAUGCGUGUAGUUAUAGCAACACAUCACAGCCCUUUGUAAUCUCAUCGCGCAGCAAGUAUGUGACCAUCCAAAUAACAGAUCCUACUCUACCGAAGCCCGGCAUUUCUCUUUCUCCAAGUGGGAUGACCCGUCUCGGAUCCAACAUCAAUAUUCUCUGCAGAGCCCAUGAUCUCAACAAUACAUUCCAUCUGAACAGUACUUUCUACCUUUAUAAGAUUUAUAAUAUAGAAAAUACUGGUGAUGAGAAGGACCACAGACCACAAAUUAUGCAACCAGACAACCAUACAGCUGAAUUCUCCGUCAGCAUUGUGAAGGAGGAGCAAGGAGGAAAAUACCACUGCAGUUACAAACCUCCAUCCGGGCCCUUGAUGUCAGAACCCAGUGAUUCUUUGACAAUUUUUAUAGUGGAUCCCAAAUUAGACCGGCCAACUAUUUCCAUGAGCGGGAAUACAAUGACUGGGGAGAACGUUACCAUCUCAUGUACAGUUAGCAGGGUAAAGAUUAACUUCUAUCUCCAUAAGAAUGGAAACCCAAUUCCAGGCCUUGCCAUGAAGACCAAUUUUGACAUGGGACAAUUUUCUAUCAUCAAUAUUAGCUUGGAGCACAGUGGAAAUUAUACCUGCAGCUAUACAGUUGGUGAUAACCUUUUUGUGUACUCAUCGCCCAGUGAAAUCUUGCAGCUUUUGGUAUCAGAGGAGCCGGAUUACACCAUGGCAAACAUAAUUCACUGUGUCAUUGGAGCCCUAAUUCUUCUUCUGCUUGGCUGUCUCAUGACUCUCGAUUUCUACAGCACAAAUGUAUAUGAAGUCAACCCCCAACAAUGCUCAAAGGAGGAAUCCAUGGGUGGUCCCACUUUGUCACCAGCUCUGGAUGCAGACCCUGAUCCAGCACCACCAACUAAUCAGGAAUGAACAAUCCUUUGACUUGGCAAUAAAACCACAACCUCUGUUUGUGAGUACAGUAUGAAGAUGAGAUCAUUUUCUCAAGCUGCAUGAGACUGCAAACUACUUCACUUUGGCCUUUGGAGGAAAUAUCAGUGGAUCAUAAGGCACAUUGAGAAGAAACUUUAUUUACUUUGCGCACUUACAAAAAAUUCCUCAUGCUAUUUUCCCUCUUGCCUGUGGAAAAAUCAUUUCAAACCUCUUGCGGGGGGGGGGGGGGGGGGGUGUCAAAGAAACCUCCAUAGUAUUACCAUCCACUGCUCUCAACCACAACCUAGUCUUACCUUUUUGAAUAGUUUCUCCCUGAUCUGGACAGCAGCCUGCAAAGAGGAAGAAGGCAUCAAGAAAGAGGACUCAAAUUUUUUCUUCAUGUAGUGUUUUGUGUAUUGGAGUAGCAAAAUUAGGAUUUGAAUCCCUGCUCAGUCAUGCAAACCACUUAGUUACUGGAGUCCCAUGGGAGUGGAUUCCACAAUUUAGAAACAAUCACGAAACCCACUGGAGUCUGGCAAGUCAGACUCUCUCAAACUCAGAGGAAGGCAAUGGAAAACCCCCUCUGAACAAACCUUGCCAAGAAAAUCCCAUUAUAGGAAUCCCUUAGGGUCAGCAGAAAUCAGAAACAAGUUGCCUGUCUACUUAUGAAAACCCCAUGGUUUUUAGUAGUGUUUUCUUAGGCAAGAAAUAUUCAGAUGUAGCUUUGCCAGAUAUUUCCUCUGAAAUAUAGCCUACAAUAUUCAGUAUUCA